CAGGUUCCUCCAGAUCUGGGAAUCCAGCUCGGCUGCCCUUAUCAUCUCCAAUUGGUAAAAUGAAUCAAAUCAAUUUGCCAUUCCAAGUUGGUCAAAUUGUCGAGGCAAAAUCCUUUAUCAUAGGAUACCGCGGAGCUUGGUUCCGAUGCAAGAUAUUGGAUAUAACCAACGAAAAUGGAGAACUAAGGUAUAAGCUAAAGUAUCUUGAUUUUCCAGACGAAAAGGUAGAUAAUGCGCUAGUCUUUGAAACGCCUGAAGGGGAAACAGAGAGUCACCUAAUGGUUCGUCCCAAAUAUCCGCCACAUUACCAUGAAAGCGAUUACCUUAAUCUCAAGGGUGACGACACAGAACCUCUCGUCGUCGUUCAUGAUUCUUGGAAAGCUGGAGAUUUAGUUGAUUGGUGGAAAGAGAAAGUUUUCUGGUCUGGAGAAAUUGUGGCGAUGAAGGGUAAGAAAUUUUGUCAGAUUGAGUUGCUUCCUGAACCAGAGGGUGAAGGAGAGAUUUAUCAAUGUUUGUUUAAAAAUUUGCGUCCACGGUUGGAUUGGUCUGUCGAAGAUGGCUGGAAAGUUCCUAGUACUGUGGAUGGGCAGAAGUGUGCUAAGCUUGUGAAACUUAAGAAUGAAGAUGAAGAAAUUGAAGAUGUUUGCGAAACCGAAGAAGAGCAAACAAAGAACGACACACAAGAAGAUAAAGGCGAUGGAAGUCUUAAACUAAACAUCAUGGAAUCAGAUUCCAUUGAAGCUCCUAUUCUGGACUUGGAAGAGCUUAUUGUUCGACUUGGGUGGCUAAAAGCCAAAUUGAAUCCGGAUCUUGGAGAAGGUGCAAAAACUUAUUGGAAGUAUGAAGAUCACCGCCCCUCUUCAUCGGGAAGAAGAAACUGAAGUUGUUAAUGAAGAAAGAGGUUUUCCGGAAGAUGAAGAAUGGAGGAGUAAAACAGGAAAGAGACGUAUGCAAGUAAGAGAAGCCAAGUAUAUGAGUAGGUUUUGUGCAAGUAAGAGAAGACAAGUAUAUGAGUAGGUUUUGUGCAAGUAAGAGAAGCCAAGUGUAUGAGUAGGUUGAUAUAAUGAAGGUGCAAGAUACCUUAGAAUGCUUUAAAACUAGUUUCGAGUUUUGUACAUGUUUUAGCUGCUUGACCUAUUGUAACUGCUUCGUAAACUAUUGACCUUGUUUCCUUUGAUUCUUAGAGAUCACUGUUACUAACCGUAGAGGUUUGAACAACA